CGUAAUAAACCUGAGUGAAAUCUAAUAGGAGCAGAUAUCACUACCAUCAAAGAAAGCUAUCUUGACCGCAUCACACGACAAUUCAGAGGUGAUACUCGGUGAGAUAGUAACAUGAAGGCUAUACUCUGGUUGGCAGCCAUUUUACUCGUGGCUGUGGCUGAUAUCUCGGCUAAAAGCAUAAAACACCCAAAACAACAUAAGUCAGAUAAGAAGCGCCAUCACGACGAAGGCCAUCGCCGACAACCACCUGCGGUGGCUCCUACUGCCGCUCCUGCACCUCCAGGUCCCACUAUCGGACCACCCGCUGCUCCAGGCGCCACACCUGCAGUAGCACCAGCUGCUGCUGCCCCAGCACCUGCUGCACCAGCCCCUGCUCCUGCUGCACCAACACCUGCAGUUGCACCAGUUGCAUCUACUGCAGCCCCAGCACCCGGACAGGUGCCAGCAGUAGGAGAACCAACCACUGCAGCACCUGCCCCUGCCGCUGCACCUGCAGUUGCCGCUGGAGCAACACCUGUUGUAGCACCAGGUACAUCUACUGCCGCACCUGCCCCUGCUGCUGCUCCUGCCCCGGCUGCUGCACCCGCAGCUGCCGCUGGAGCAGCACCUACUGUAGGACCAGGUGCGUCUACCGCGGCACCUGCUGCCGCCGCCGCCGCCGCUCCUACUCCAGCUGCUGCUCCUGGACAGGCACCAGUGGCAGGAGUAGCUACUACUGCAGCACCACCAGCAGUUGGUGCUACAACGGCCGCCCCAACACAACCUGCUGUCGAAGCCGCCACCGCCGCGGGUGCACCAGCUGCAGCCCAACCUACCACUGCUGCGCCUACUGUUCCGCCCGAAAUCACACCAAGCCCUGUUCCCGCCAAAGACAAAGUGAAUGAUAAGACCGAGGAAAAGACGCACGCUAAAACACAGGACAAGAACAAGGAUAAACACGAACACAAGGAGGACGAAUCUGAGGAGAUAGAACCUGAAAAUAAUGCUGAGGAUGAAUCUGAGAAGAAAGUAAAGGACAAAUCUGAGAGUAAAUCAAAAAAUAAAUCUGCGGAGAAGGAAAAAGACAAACCUGAGGAGAAGAAAAAAGACAAGACUGUUAAGAAGAGUCGUCAUUGAUAGGACAAAUAUUUAGUAAUAUCCAAAUCAAUGAUCCUGGCUUGGACUUUAGAACAAAACCACUAAUAAAUAUAAUUUUGUCUGUUUUGGCGUA